AUGGCAGCCGAAACUUACGGACACCGAUUUUACACCGAGAAAGACAUGUUCGCAUCUGAUGUGAUGAUGGAGUAUAAUACUGAGGAGUGUUACCUUGCCUGGCCGAGGUCUCCUGACUCGGGAAGGUCCAGUUUGGAGCCCACACCUUCCAUCGAUGGAAGCCUGAAUCAAGAUUCUCCGAACCACAUCGCGUAUCGAGGAUUGACGCAUGACAUUUUGGAGGACAGUGCUGAAGAUAACGAGAUCUUGGAAGGAUCUGGGAAGAGACGUGGUCGAGCUACUAGUGCAGCAGUGUUGAGGAGACGUCGCUUAGCAGCCAAUGCUCGGGAAAGAAGGCGGAUGCAGAAUCUCAAUAAAGCCUUUGACAGACUCCGGGGACACUUGCCGUCGCUGGGAGCCGAUCGCCAACUAUCCAAAUACGAAACUCUACAGAUGGCGCAAACUUAUAUAGCAGCUUUGUACGAGCUGCUACAGUAG